AUGGCUGAACAUCCUUCUUUCACCCUUGCUGCUCUUUUGCCUGCAGGGGGAAUUGUUGGAUAUCUGCGGACGCGCUCAACACCCUCCUUGAUCGCAGGCGUUGGGCUCGGAAUCUCCUAUGCGUACUCUGGCUACCUGAUCAAAGAAAACAAGGACUACGGCACCGAACUUGCCUUGGGAAAUAGCGUGCUCCUGCUGGGCUCGGCAGUGCCUAGGAUCAUCAAAACACGAGCCAGGGCCCCUGUUCCUUUGGGUCUCGGAGCGGCCGGCUUAUUGGCGACGUUUUACUACCAGAAGAAGGUCAGGGAGUUUCGAUUCGGGGUCUAG